AUGUCGAUUCCAUCAGGUGUUAAUGUCCCGAAUGAAUGCAUUGCCGCGUUCAAGAGGCUCCUCUAUCAUAGAGGAACAAGUAGGCCUACCUUUGUGAUCUACAGAAUCUCUGAGGACAAUACUUCCGUCAUUGUGGAGGAGAGCUCUUCUGAGAAGAACUAUGAAGCAUUCCUCAAGAAGCUCACUUCCGCCGUUGACCAUGAAGGAAAUCCUGCACCUCGUUACGCAGUAUACGAUGUUGAAUAUGACCUGAACGACGACGGUCGAAGAGCAACAGUUAUCUUUAUCAGUUGGAUGCCCGUGGAAACAUCUACACGAUUUCGUAUGCUGUAUGCUGCUACCAAGGAGCAGCUUCGAAGGGCGCUUGAUGUCAAGGUUUCGAUUCAUGCAGAUGACCUACUGGAUAUAGAAUGGAAGGCGGUUUUACGGGAAGCUAGUGGCGGGCGAGCUCGAGUAUAGGCCAG